AUGAAAUUAUUUAGUCCUCCUGAACUUAGAGCUCCUAUACCAGUUGAGCCUUUGAUAGAGCUUGAUGAAAAAAUAGAAGUCCCUCGAUAUAAAUUGACAGGUGGUUUCCAAUACGCAGAUAUCUCAAAUAGUGAAGUGGGGCUCUCUGAGAUGUCAGAUAUCAUUCCAGGUCAUUAUGAAGGAGGACUUAGACUGUGGGAAUGUGCGCUUGAUUUAACUAAUUAUCUGAAAAAUAUUGAAAUUAAAGGAAGGGUGCUUGAGCUAGGCUGUGGCCACGGGCUUCCAGGGAUUUAUUGUUUAUCUAGAGGAGCUGAGGUGGUUUUUCAAGACUACAAUGCAGCUGUCCUUCAACUAACAACUAUGAAUAAUGUUCAAAUAAACUGCCCAGGGAAAUCUGCAAAAUAUUAUGCAGGUGCUUGGCAAGAUAUGAGCAUUUUAGGAAAAUUUGACUUAAUUUUAACAAGUGACAGCAUUUACAAUACAGAUUAUUAUCCUAAUUUAUUGCAAGCAAUAAAUUCAACUAUAAAAGGUGAGUGCUUGGUAGCUUGUAAAGCUUAUUAUUUUGGUGUUGGAGGAGGGAGUGAGCUAUUUAUAAGAGAAGCACAGCUAUGGGGACUUAAUGCCAAUAUUGUUCAGGUCAUCCAAGAGCCAGCAAGUAUAAGACACAUAAUAUCACUAACUUUCCCUUUAAGCUUAUUUGGAGUUAAUUUUUAAAGCUUUUAUAUAUAAAUUAUUUUUCGAAAUUUAAAAAUCCAAGUUUACAAAUAUUUGAAAAGAAAAAAGUUAAUUUAAUUAAUAAAUUAUCUUCAAGAAUGCUAAAAUUAAUAUAAUUAGCUGGAGAUCUCGCUAUAUCAAUAAUUAAUUAUAUAUAAAAAUGUUUUAUAUAAAAAAUAUUUAUCAAAUAAAAACAAUUUUAUCGUGUGUAAAUAUAAAAAUUUUUCUCUGGGCUAAUUUUCCCAAUGAUUUUCGUUAUUAAAUAUGGAGAGUAAGAAAGUCUUAA